AUGGCGCUUACGAAGGACCAACUUCUCGAACUCCACCGGAAGGCCACCCGACUGCUCGAGAUCAAGCUCGCGCGUGUUCCCAGGCGCAUCUUCACAUUCGGUAGUCGCCCUACUAUCCACGAGUACUACACCAAGGCACCUACCAUCUACGUCCCGAGUAUACCAGAGCAGUACCAGCUGGAAUAUCUACUUGCCAACUACAACGCGGUUCUGGCCGCCGAUUUCAAAGCCAUCAAGACGCCAGGCGUAGACAUCGACGCCGUCAAAGCGAUAUGGUACUGGCAAAUCGACAAGUCGCACUCUUUCAGUCGUUACCACGCUGUCGUCCGAUAUGAUAUCCUGACCGCCGUCAUCGUAGGCGCGUCAAAAGACCCAGGUGCAUACUGCCCCGGAUCAGCGCAACAAUUCAUCCACGCCUUUGUUCUUGCGUGGAAAGAAGCAGUGUCGCAAUCAACUUCUUUCACCGAACGGGAGGCCUUCUUGAAGCUGUGGGCAGGAGGGGAUCAUGAUGUGAUGCAAUGGCGCUCAUGGCAGCUCGUCGCCAUGCGUCGGGCUGUUGCGCAGAUGAUGAAGAAGGUGCCUGAGCUCCCUUUCCCUGCUAGUGAGCUCUGGGACAAGGUCCAACAGCAGCCUGAAGUCGAGUGGAAGAGGCAUGGACAUGCGUAG